AUGCCGGGGAGGGAGAAGGCGGCGGUGCUGUACAUAACGAGCCUGGGAGGGGUGAGGAAGACGUUCGAGGACUGCAACAGCAUGAGGCUCCUGCUGGAGAGCCUGGGGAUGCGGUUCUACGAGCGGGACGUCUCCAGGCACCUCGCCUACAGGGAGGAGCUCCGCCGGGCCCUCGGCGGCCCCGCUGUGCCCUCCUUCCCCAGGCUCUUCGUCUGCGGCAGAGACCUCGGCGGCGCCGACUUGGUGCAGCUGCUGCCGCUCCUCGAGGGACUGCCCACCUCCGCCAACGCCGGCGGCGGCCCUGCGGAGGGUGCGGCGGCUUCCGCUUCUCAGUGUGCCCCCGAUGCGGGGGCGGUGGUGGUCGGAGAUGGCGGUGCCGGAGGGGCGGGCGGUGCACUGGCUGCAACGGGAAUGGUCUGGUGGUGUGCGGCCUGUGCAGCUGGCCCUGCGAGUGA